GCGGCGCGACGACGACGACACAACCCACCAGGCUACACACGAACAGCAGCUAAACACAACUGAGAGGAGGGCACGUUGACGUGUUUUCCCCCACCAUCCACUUCAUCCACACGACACAUCCUUCAUUCUGAAUCACCACCUCACAGACCGUCUCACCAUGCCCAAGACAGCCAUCAAGAGUGGGCUGGAGAUGGGCUUCUUUGGCCAGCCAGCCUUUGUGACCAUCAAUGAUCCCUACAACAAGAAAGAGAAGCUGCCGCCUGCCGCCAAGGGACGGCAGAUGAUGACGCUGCGCCAGAACAGGCCAUUUGACAAUCCUCCACGCGCCUUUGAGGGGGAGGCAUAUCACGAUGCCGUGAAGCAACGGCGCAAGGAGGAGCGACGCUCGAAGAAGAAGCAGCUGACCUACAAGUUCACGCCAUCCGGCACUGGCCAUGACACCUUCAGUGGACCGGUCAAGUAUUUUUCGCCGCAGCAGCGCCCGCAGAAGAAGGCGCCCAAGGAGCCCUCCAACUUCUACACCAACCCGAGCAAGAAGGGAUCAGGCUUUGGCUAUGCAAACGUCACCCUCUCCCGCACGCUGCCUUACAUCCCAAGUGAAUACGAUCGCGCAGACAAGCUCCGCCGCAAGGAAGAAAAGGCGGCGAAGAGCAAGAUGAAGGGAAAGGCAUUCAAGUCCGUGUGCGGAAAUGGAAAGACAAGUCGCCUGUUUGACGACAAUCCGUUCAGAGAACCAGAGAAGAAGAUCAAGGCGAAACCGAAAUCCGCCCCACCACAGAAGAAGGUUGACAUUCCAUUCAAGCCAACAGCGACGGUUGCGUCUCGCCACGCCAAACCGGGUGCAUCAUCCACGCUCGACACGUUCUCCAAGUUCGACUACAAGCCCGAGCCGUACAAGAAGAAGACGCCGAAGCCGAAAGGAAAGCCGCUUGGGCCUCCGUUCCGGCCGUGCGCACCGGCAAAAUCAUCCUACUCGCAGUCCAUUUCGGGCAUGCACGCCAUGCGGACCGCAAAGAGAUGAUGAUGAUGGUGAUGAUGAUGAUGAUGAUGAUGA